AUGGUUAUGAUGACGAUCAUUUCUCUCGUGCGUGCUGCCUGGCCGUUCGGCCACCAGGAGGAGGAGAGCACCAGAGGUCUUACGACUCUGGUAGCGGAGCCGGUGGGCUCUGCAGGGUCGGCUGCAAGUCCGGCCGGCUCUGCGUGCGACGUGGGCGGCGAGAGGCCGCAGCGUGGCGACCACGGCAAUGGGGUUGACAAGAUCGUGCUGCUCAUCGGUCUCCUCGGCAUCCUGAUCAACGUAGCGGGCUCGGCAGAGCCCCUGGGCUUCAGGCCCAAGACGCCGCAGCGCGGCCAGCGCAUCGGCGAGUCGCGGCUACCGGCGCCACAGUGGGGACAACAUCACGAGCAGAACGUACAGGGUCUGCCGGCGGCAGAGCUGGCACAGCAGAGCACAUCCAAGGUCCCGCCGUUCUGGGCUCCGUACCUCGAGCAGCGCGGGUACCCCUUCAGGCUGUGGGUCCAGGACGUGAUGCUGUGGUGCGCGGCGACGGAGCUGCAGCAGCACCAGCGCGGCCCGGCAAUCGUCCAGCGGCUCGGCGGCACGGCGAGGGACCUCUGCCGCGAGGUGCCGGUCGAGGCCAUCGCUCACGGCAGGUUCGACCAGCUCGGCAACCUGGUCGAGGACGGAGUGCAGAUGCUGAUCACCGGACUCAGGCGGCGCUUUGGCCCGCUCGACGUCCAGUCAUCGAUCAGCACCAUCGUCGAGCUUCUCACAUUCCGCAGGCAGGAGCGGGAGAGCGUCGAUGACGCGAUCACGCGCUUCGAGGCUCUGCGCGCCCGAGUGGCGCAGCUGGACGACCCGUUCGUGCUGCCGACGCCGGUGCUCUCGCUGUUGUUUCUGGAGGCCCUGCAUGUGCCCAAGGCUGUGUACCCCCUGGUGCUGCAGUCCAACAGCGGCCAGCUGCCAUUGACGAUCGAUCAGCUGAACAGCGUGAUCGGGAUGGUGCGGCAGCAGGGCCACUUCGCGGAGCACACCCACGCAGGACCUCAGAACUUGGCUGAAGGGUACCGCGGCAAAGGAUAUCACGGUCAUCAUUGGUUCACGGGCGAGAAUGACAGCGGCGCAAACACCUGGAACGACACGGCCGCCUACAUGUAUGGUCAGAACGCAGCCAGCGUGGCAGGGAGCGCUGGAUCUGCACCACAGCACUACGUGGUCCAGGACGACGAGGGCUACGAUUGUUGCGCCGAAGAACUGCAGGAGUAUUAUGGUGACUCCGAGGGCUGGGACUACGACACCCUGCUACAUGAGUACCUGUUCGCGAAGCGCAGGUUUCGCCACUUCGUCCAACGGAACAGCCGCCGCUCUCGGUUCCCGCGCAGCAACUGGUCUCUACGCAUGAACAGCGGCAAGGGCGGCAGCAGCUUUGGACGCGGGCGAGGCCACGGCAAGGGAUACCACUUCGGCGGAUCGGUGGUGAACCCAGGCUCACUGGCGGGAGGAAAAGGUAAGAAGAAGAAGGGCGGCAAGCGCUACAUGGCUGGCACGCCCGGCGCCACCAAUCCCCGAGGCAGUGACGGCCGCACGAUGCGGUGUCACGAGUGCGACUCGGAGACUCACCUCGUGGCCGCCUGUCCCAAGCGCAAGGGCAAGGGCAAAGGCAAGCACUUCAUGUCCUGGAACACUGGCAGCGCCGCGACGGGGACGCAGCAGGCCGGGGCUCCAGCCGCCGACCCAACGUUGGCCGCCUAUGCGCCCGUGCCCGCGCAGCCGCGGACUGGAGCCUUGUCUGGAGUGCUGCACUGGUUCACUGAGGACGCCAGGACGCCCGGCCUGCAGAUCGACGAUCUUGACGAGGACACCUCCCGCGAGGCUCUGAGCUGGGAGACCCUUGACAUGCGCGACAACGUCGCGGAGCACGACAUACUGACGGAGAUCCAGGCCAGCAUGCAGGACCGAGCUGUGGAGGAGCAGCCUCCGGCGACAGUUGGGCGAUCAGCGGCCGUGACCAGCCCGACAUGGUUCCCAUGGUGGCGAGUGGAUCAGUUCGAGAACGCCAGCGGGGAGACCUACUUGGUUCGCACCCGCAUGAAGGACAGGAGUGGCGAGGCUCUGCUGGUGGACCCCGGGAGCCCAGGCAACCUUACUGGCGACGAGUGGGGCAACAGGAUGGCAGCGCGACAGCAGCAGGCAGGACGUCCACCGCCUGUCCGCACCCCACUUGACCGGGUGCUUGAGGUUGGUGGUGUGGGCUCAGGAUCUCAGCAGGCCACGCGCGCCCAUCGCUAUCAACUGGCGCUGCAGGGAGGACAAGCCGCGACCUACGAGGCGCCGGUGCUCCCGAACAGCAGCGUGCCGGCACUGCUCGGGCGAGCAUCGCUGCGGGACCAGCGCAUACUGCUCGACUGCUUCAACAAUCGCAUGUACCGCAUCGGCCCGGGCGGCUACUCUCUGCAGCUGAGCCCAGGAUCAUCGCAGUACCAUCUGGAAGAGAGCCACGCCGACGGGAACAUCGGGGAGUUCGGGACCCACGAGGACGAUGGCAUCGGCGACUUCGACGACAUCAGAUUCGACAUCCUUACCUGCAGCAACCGCACCGACCACCGCGCCCACCAGGACGGCAAGCAGGAAGACCACUACUGCGACGUCAUCCGGCAGCGGGAAGUACAGGGGAGACCGCCAUCGGCAUGGGUGUUCGGCGACUUGCAGAACCUGUGCCAGAACGCGCUGCACGGAUGCGGAUAUGCGGUGGGUCGCAACUGUGAUGUUCACAGAUUCCUCGGGCAGGAGGAUAAGUGGGCGGAUUCCUUGCGCCACCAGCAGCCGGAGCUCGUUUGGAUCAGCCUGGCUCAGCCGGGCACGUCGCGAGGCACUCACAACGACAAGCGAGCCAAGCGCUUCGAAUGUAAGAUCGCUCGAGCUCAACUUGAAGGGAAUCGCUGCUGCAUCGUCGAGGCGGACGAGGGCAGCGCGGCGUGGGACAUGCCCGACAUCCUGGAGCUGCUGGACGUGAGCGCGCUGACCGCGAGCUUUCCCACCGAGCAGAGGACGCGCGACAAGGCGCGCAAGGCAGCAGACCCGGAGCGCAAGGUGAAGAAGAGGCCACAGACAGUGGAGCAGGUCUUCGACGACUGCGGCUCCGAUUUCACGAAACUCUACGUAGCGAACGAAUGCGAGCUGGACGAGGUGUGCUACGGCGCCGAGCUCAGGGAGGACCAGCACAUCGAUGAGCAACCGUACAUCAUGAUGUCCGAGUUCUUUGGCAUGAUCGGCUCGGAGGCGCACCUGAACGAGAAAGACGAGCAGCAGAAAUUCUUCAGCUCAGUCAAGGAUAUGGACACACACAUGAACCUCUACUACGGCCACCUGCAGCGCGACGACGUCGCGGCGCAUCUGGAACAACCCGGCUACUCGUGCGACGAGACAUCAGUGGGGCUGGCCCGCAUCGCCGCUGCAGCGGCGUGCACUCAGAUGGACGCCGGACGCCACUUUGUGUCGGAGCAGCCGUUGGGCAGCGACUUCUACAAGCUCGACGACUGGCAAUGCAUCGCCAACAACUACGCGCUGGCGUGGUGCCAAGUCGACCAGUGCAUGGCCGGCAAGAUCGGGCGGCGAACGGGACUACCGAUCAAGAAGUCCUCUGAGUUCUGGGCUUCGGACGAGCGCCUGCUCGCCGGACCCCAUCCAGAGCGUGACAAAUGGCGACUAGAGAACCCCAAGGAUCACGCGGAGUGGGCGAUUGGCAUCUGCCGGGAGCUGGCGGCGAGCAUCUCCCAGAUGGUGGAGCGCGUGAGUGCCCGGCUUGCCGGAGUGGUCGCGCGGCCUCAGACGCACGACAUACCCGAAUACCUGGAGAAUGCCGAGCAGACAGUGUUCUCCCAAGAGCAGUUGGACCUCGAGAGCUACGACCGAGACAACCACCAGACUGCGAGGAGCCGACUGCGAACCAGGCACCGAGCGCCGCGCGAGCCGACGCGCCAGAUGCCGAACCUGAACCGCCACUGCCUCCACCUGUGCCUGCGGAGCGUCGACCUCGAGUGGCUCGAGCGCGGCGCCUCGGGAUCGGCGGACGCCAUCGGCGAUGCGCCCGUCGCGGAGCAGCCGGCUGCGGCCCCAGCCGCGCCGGCCCGAGAGCUGCUGACCAAGGCCGGCGCUCCUGCCUCUACGCUGGCCCUGGUGAAGGAGAUCUGCGACACGUGCCGGGUGUGUAGGCUAUGGACGAGACCGGGACCGAAGAGCAUGACGAUCUCUCGGCUCGCGACGGGUUUCAACGAGAUGGUGCAGUGGGACAUCCCCUACAUCGGCGAACAGAUGGUAGCACAUAUGAUCGAUGAGGCGACCCGCUGGACGGUGCUGUACAUUCUGGAACGCAAGACAGCGAUCAUGAUUAUCGCCGGCAUCACUCAGGGAUGGCUACGCCCUCAUGGCCCCAUGAAGCUGCUGAUUGCCGACAUCGAGGGCGGUCUCCAUGGCGAGGAGGCGUACCAGUGGCUGGACCGCUGGGGCAUUGAGAUGAAGGCCAAAGAGGAGGGCUCGCACGCGCAGCUGGUGGAACGCCAUCACGACCUAGUGCGCAAGAUCAUACACCGCGUGCAGGCCCAGCUUGCGGAAGAAGGCAUUGUGAUGCCGUUGGAGAUCGUGAUCAUGGAGUGUGCCCUCAUCAAGAACCUUCUCAUCACCGUGGCUGGCUACAGCCCUUACCAGGCGGUGCACGGCCAACUUCCGCCCCUGCUCGCCGAGUUCGAGCCGGUGAGCGACUGCCAGAUCGACGACCAAUCGGCUGGCAUUCCAGGGAUCUCCCGACACCAUCAUCGGCUCCGCGAAGUCGCAAUACAAGCCAUGGUGGAGAUGACUGCGAAGGACAGGCUGAGGCGCGCACUGCGAUCCAAGACGCGCGCCCCGCACGAGGCGCUGCAGCUGGUGGUCGGCGACCAGGUUGACUUCCACCGGCCGCCGAGCACGAAGGAGGAGUCGGGAUGGCGCGGCCCGGCGACCUUGUUGCAGGUCGGACCUCCAGUGCUCAUUCGAUGGCAGGGCCGAGUAUUUCAAGUGCGACCUCAGGACCUUCGGCGAAGCCUCGUUUACUUCGUGAUGUUCACGAAUAACAUCUUCUUCGAGGCAGGAUCGCGCGACCCGGUGGCCACCAUCAUGAGCUACGCGGACCAGCUGGACAGCAAGGUCGUGCGCGUCGGGUGGCUCUUCGACGCCGGGUGGAAGCGGACCGCGGACAGCCAGAAGCUCAGCGAGUUGGUCCUGGCGGUGUUGCACGUUGCCGCCAGUGGCUUCUACCUGGUGGGGUGCAUCGGCGCGCGAGUGGGCAAUGGCGUGUCCGUGCUCGAGGGAAUGGUCGGAUGCGACCACAGCUUCCUGUGGUGGUGGCGACGCGGACGCCCAGAGCUGUCUUGGUACCACGAGGCGUCGGGAUCUGCUCGACUGAAGUUGGCUCCGAUAUUUGGCAAGGAACACUGGCGGGACGUCAGCUUCGUGCAGUUCAUCAUGACAGACGACGAGUCCGUUCGCGAACUUCGGCGACGUGAACCCGAGGAGCCGCCGGAGCUUCAGGAGGAAGACUUCGACAUGACCUGGCAGGACAAGCCGAUAUCCGACACGAGCAUACCGAGUGCAGGCGAGCCAGCGGCGGCAGCUGAGGCUCCUGCACCCCUGCAUGAGCCAGUGCCCCCGAUCAAAGAUGAUGGUGGCAAGAACGACGACGGCGAUUCGGACAGCGACGCGACCCAGGAGUACUUGUUCGCGAGCUGGCAGCACCUGAAGGAGCAGGCCGCUCUGCCUGCUGUUGACACCGAGUGCGCUCAGAACGACUUCUUCUUCGCAGCCCCUGACGCAGAUCACGUGUCGGAGGCAGUAGAGGAUGAUUCUUCGAAUUCCCGACCCGACUGCGUCGAGAUCGGCAUAGGUGCGCCGCUCAUGUACUGGGUGCACCCUGAGGUGGAGCACAUACGACGACCUGGGUCAGGGGAGAUCUACAUCCUGCGCGUCUACAACACGGGCAAGCGCGAGACUGUCGUCGAGCGUGAGAUGAACGUGCUCACGCUGGAAGAGGCCCGAGCUCACGAAGUUGAAGUACGUCAGGCCAUGAAGGACCAGGCGACUAACAUCAUCGACUCGCGCUGGGUGCUCAAGUGGAAGGAGAUCGACGGCAAGAAGCAGGUGCGCGCGAGGCUCACGGUGAGAGGCUUCAAGGACAUGCAGUCACCGGAGCUGUCCACUUUUGCGGGUACUACGACACGAUGGGGACAACGACUGGUGAAUCAGGUGACUGCACAGCGCAAGUGGCGAUUAUUCUCAGCGGACAUCAGCCAGGCGUUCUUGCGCGGUCUCACCUUCGAGCAGGUUGCCGCCAUGGACGGCGAGGUCAAGCGGAAGGUACAGUUCACGAUGCCGCCAGGAUCGAUCCCAGUCCUCCGGCAGCUGGAGGGCUACGAGGACUACAACCCUGUGACAGAGGUGUUGUUGCUCCUGCGCUGCGGCUUCGGCCUGAAGGACGCGCCGAGGCUGUGGCAGGUCAUGUUGAAGCAAGUGCCGGAGAAAACAGGAGGCAAGGCGCUCAUCAGCGACCCGCAGACCUACGUGUACCACGACGCGAAGGGCGAGCUGCAGAUGAUCAUGUCCUCGCACGUGGACGACCUCAAGGGCGGCGGCGAGGACCACCUGCGGGAGAAGGUACUGAGCAUGAUCGAGAGCGAGUUUGGGAAGUUGAAGCGCCAGUACGACUGCUUUGAGUGCAUUGGCAUCAUGCACGAGCAGGACGCUGUGACCAAGGCCAUUUGGACGCAUCAGCAGCACUACGUUCAGCAGCUGCGACCGCUCCAGGAAGAUCAGUAUGUGAUGGAGAACGAAGAUGGCCAGGUGAGCGUGGAGACCCACGCGGCGCAUAUGUCGCUGCUCGGGGGGAUCGCAUGGAUGACGCAGACGAUGGCGCCCAUUGCAGUGUACGUCAGCUAUCUCCAGCGGCAGGCCAAGAAGCCGUCGGUCGGAGACAUCCGGAAGAUCAACAGGCUGCUGAAGUGGAUCAUGGUGAACUCGAAUCAGCUCGGAGUUCGGUUCAUCGAGUUGGACAUGACACGAGUGCGGCUGGCCGUCGUCAGCGACUCAGCCUUCCACGCCAUGGAGUUCGAAGGCUUGGCGAUCCGAGGAUGUGUGAUCAUGCUGCUGGAGUCCGACGACGAUGUGCUUCAAACCAAAUCGACGUACAGGAUCGUGAUGCUUGACUGGUACAGCAGAAAGCAGAACAACGUAGUCAGGUCCACCUACGCCGCCGAGCUCAUGGCGUUGUUGGACGCACUCGGCACCGGCACCCUUAUGAAUGUGGCAUUGACCGAGAUCAGUGAAGGAGUAUGCACGGCGAACCAGAUGCGAGUGCGGCAGGAGGCCGGCGACCUAGUAUUGAAGAUGAUCGCGGCCAUCGACGCGAAGGCAGUGUUCGACGCCGUCUCCGCCGCCACCAUCGAGGUGACCACGGACAAGCGUAUGUUCGUGCCGACGCUCGCAGUGCGUGAGCAGAUCGACCGCCUCCAGCUGGCACAGCUCAGCUGGAUCGACACCGUGGACAUGCUGGCGGGCGGGCUGACGAAGGGCGAGCUCGACCGGACGGCCCUCGUGAAGCUGGGCUUCAGCAAUGAGUGGCGCUUGAGCGGGCUGCAGCCAGUGGCCUUCUCAGUGCGCAGUGUGCUGGAGUGCCGCGCAGAGCGCUCGAAUUCCCGACCCGAGUGA